UGCAUGAUAUCCUCAUCCCAAUACCACCAGCAAAAAAGUCAUCACGCUGCAAUCUCAACAGACGACUGACUGGUAGAGUGUUAACGCACUCUGAAGUAAUGGAAGAGAUGCGGUUGAAAGAGAAAGAAAAGAAAGAAAAGGAAGAAAAGAAAGAACGAAGGAAAGAAGAGAUGAAGAAGAAACGCGAGGAGAAGGAGCAGAAAGAGUUGGAAAAGAGGCUGCAGAAAGAAAAGAAACAAGCCGAGAGUGUAAAGAAGUUGGCAGAAAAGGAAGAGAGAAAACGAAAGAGACAGGAGCUUGCGGAGGCAAGGAAGAAACAACGCAUAGAAGGGAAAGAAAACCAGCGCCCUACUAGGCCACGAGACGUAAGAGAAGGUUCCAGUCGUAGCCGUCCCGUGAAGCCGCCGUCGUGGUAUGCAGAAUACGAAAUGGGCCAGGGAGAAGAUGAAGAAGCAGAGUAAAGAAGAUUCUAGUGUACCCUUAAAUCCACACGAUUGAUAGCGUUCCUCUUACGCCUAUGAUCGGUUUACAGAAUUGAAAACUUCAAUUUUUGGAGUAAAGAUUUUGCUGUUUGUAGACCGUAUUCGCUUGUUCAGUAGGACUGCAACUUCUGCAAGGUCGUCAGAAUUCAGUACGGGGAGUUUUGAUCUUCUGUAUUAAGGUCUGUAACAGUUCCAAGUUCUUAUCUCAGCUAUGAUAGAAAUUUAAGAUGAACAAGUUCACAAUGUUCGUAUGUGCACGGAUCUAUACAUGGAACCGUUUCCGCCUUUCACCGUAAACGUGUAACGUUACAUCCUAUCACUACCAGUGCCCUCAGUGCGGCGAAAACUGUUAUUAUCGUAUCGUUUAGCUAUCUAUUUCAUUACAUCGAAAAAUGUUUAAGAUAUACCUGUUAACAAAAGUUUGUAUUAAUGUUCUUCCACUACGAGCAAAAUACUGAGACGUUUGGGCGUAACGGUAGGUUUCAGGCGUAAGAUUCUGCAGGUCAAAUAAACAGACUGUCAGAUAUACUGUUUCCGUAGACUCACACUAGUGCGAGUGUUCAGUGCUUUAUUUCUUCGGUAAAUAUCAUUAUAGGGCUGUUUUUUCAGACGUUAGCCUAAAAAGAAAAGAAAAGACAAAAGGCAGACCACAAUUGUGGCGGCGUGUGUGUCAUGCUAAAACUAGUAACAAAAUUUCCUAAAGCCGUCUCUUGACAGUCAGCAAUAUUACGUGCUAGAAGAUAAAAACAUCAAGUACCAUAAUUGCAAACUGUCGUUGUUGAUCAAGAAGAUCGUUACGUACCUGGGACAUCCUCAUCUUCAGACCGGACAAACGUGCUCACUUGACGUUUCUGUCACAGUCAAAUAGUCAGUCGCAAGGAUGGGAAAAUGACUAGUCGGCUGGACGAUGACAAUAUGUACACACGAACUACUAUUUAUCUACCCCUUUUUUAUUCAUUUACUCACCUUAGUUUAUCUCUUUAAUUUUUGAAAUGUCAUAUAUUAUUAAGUUUUUAUGCACCGUCAGGAGUUGAAACAAUAUGCAACAUCAACGAAUGAAUUACUCUUACUCUAGUCCCCUUUUUAAAAAAAUGUAAAUGUCCCGAGCCACUUGUAAACAUGCCUUGACGAUACCAAUCGUCUCGGUGCAGGUGUAGCACGCGGGAUACAACAAACGUUUGAAAGCGAUUAAAGGUUGUCAGUAACUAAAGCUAAAUGAUUCUUCCUACAUUGCGUAUCUAAGACACAUAACAUUUAUUUAUUCCUGCAACAAACAUCUGAGCCAUGGCUGAGACAAUAGUGGCAACCGUACCACCCCCAUCGCAGUGCUGUUUGCUCUUGGUAUAGGCCGAUGACCCGUGUUAUCACCUUACAGUUUCCGCCGGGUCAGCAGUUUGCAUGGAAUUUUACAAACUGUAGUCCACUCAUCAUAGUUACUCACUUUGUUAUAGCUGUAGCAGGCCCGAAAGAGAUCGACCCAAAGGCAAGGUUAUUGGAACAUAAGAACAGAUCUGCCGCAGGCCCACAGGACGAUGUUUUUCAUGACUUUAUUUUGAUCGCAGCUAUCGUGAGUGUAUCGGCGUAAUGAAACAAAUGGACCAUGUAUGUAAAUUUCGGAACAGUGUAGUAAUGUUUUGUGUUAUUUUGCGCACAUGGGAUAAUCAAACGUAGCCAGAAAUGACUUCUUAGUUACAUUACCGGAGUUUGGACCCCCUUUUUGUGCUGGAACGUUCCACUGGAACGCGAGCCAAAAACCUUCCGUAAGUUUUGUGUGUGGCCAAACCACAGUGCGGAACGCUACCGUUAGAUGAAAUAUAUGUCUGUACAGCUUAAGCCAUAGUUAUAUAGCUGUUAGAAGAUGUAAGUUUGUUUUUGAUGGGUUCAAGGUAAAAUUGACAAGGACAAAAGCCAUGCGCAUUCACUUAGAACAGUUACCGG